AAUGUCAAAUAAUAAAAUAGACUCAACCACCACAAUAACAACAUCUUCAACAACCUUUUCUGAUCUCACAACAACAACAAAAUCUUCAACAGCUCCAAUUAAAUUAAUGGCAAAAUUUCAUUUAUUACCUCAAAAUGAAUAUGUUACAAUUCCGGAAGAUUUAUUUAUUUAUUCGGGAUUUCUUCGGGAGUACAAAAAGGGAAUGCUUAAUGACAAAUUUUGUAGAAAUGUUGAGGAGAAUUUGAUCAUUCCAUUGCCUCCAAUUGCGGGAAAACCGGUUUAUAAGCAUUAUAUUGAGAAGCUUUGCGAGUUUUUUACUUUGUGGGUAUUUUUUUAA